GGGCUGUCCUUGGUGGGAGGGCCAGGGUACGGGGGCGGGGCGAGCCGAGAUCCUCCUGGCGGGCCAGCAGGCGGGGACCUCCAGAGUCCGACCCCGGCGCCCUUAGGCGGCCGCAGUCUCCGCUGCUCUGGGGGUUCCCCCAGGCUCGGGGAAGCCCUGGGGAUGCGUGGGGCGGCGCACGCCGGGGGCGCCGGAGACCGACCGUCCCGGGUCCCCCGGCGGGACGCAGCCGGCGACCCCGCGCGCAGGGAGAGGCCCCCAGUCCAGUGCCCGUGCGGCUGGUGGCUGCUGUGGGUUUGGUCACUGCCGCUGAGCUUGGGCGAGCUGUGCGUCCCCGCGGCGCGCGGCCGGCUGCAGUGCCUGCAGGUGUCGGUGUUCGCCAACCGCAGCUGGGCGCGCACCGACGGCCUGGCGCGGCUCGGGGACCUGCAGGCCUACGGCUGGAGCAACGACUCGGACGCCAUCCGCUUCCUCAAGCCCUGGGCGCGGGGCUCGGUCAGCCAGCGGCAGUGGGACGAGCUGCAGAACACACUCUCUGUGUACCGCAACAGCUUCACCAGGGACAUGCAGGAGCUGGUCAAGAUGCUGCGCCUGGACUAUCCCUUUGAGAUCCAGGUGUCCGCUGGCUGCGAGCUGCGCGCUGGGAACAUCUCGGAAAGCUUCUUCCACGCAGCGUUUCAAGGAGGAGAGAUCAUGAGUUUCCAAGGAGCUUACUGGGCGCCAGCCCCAGAUGCCCCCGAUUGGGCAGGAAGGGCCGCCCAAGCGCUCAAUCAGGACCAAGGGACCAGAAAGACCCUGCAGUCGCUCCUCAAUGACACCUGCCCCCAGUUUGCCAGAGGCCUCCUGGAGGCGGGGAAGUCGGAGUUGGAGAAGCAAGUGAAGCCGGAGGUCUGGCUGUCCACUGGCCCCAGUCCGGGUCCUGGCCGUCUGCUGCUGGUGUGCCACGUCUCCGGCUUCCACCCAAAGCCCGUGUGGGUGAUGUGGAUGCGGGGCGAGCAGGAGCAGUGGGCCACGCAGCAAGGCGACGUCCUGCCCCAUGCUGAUGAGACGUGGUAUCUCCGAGUGACCCUGGACGUGGAGGCCCGGGAGGCGGCUGGUCUGUCGUGCCGUGUGAGACACAGCAGUCUAGGGGGCCAGGACAUAAUCAUCCACUGGGAGGGGAGCCACUCUUCGUGGCUGAUCCCUGUGGCCUUGUUGGGGUCCCUCCUGAUGAUUGGAUGCGUUGGAUGCUUGGCCCUCUGGUACAGGAAGCGCCGCUCCUAUCAAGACAUCCUGUGACUUUGCUCGCCACACCUGCUCUGUCUGGGACCCCAAGUGCCCAGGAUGUCAGCUCAGCAGCUGAGGUUGAAAGGAGAAGGUGCCUUGAAGAAGCAGAGAACGGUUACAGGGCAGCUCUCAUCACAUCCUUUUAACACUUUAUCUAAGAAGACUGAGUUCUUUCUCAGUACAUUGUGAGUUUGUAAGCGCCAGUGGUUCUAUAAAGACAGACGUGCAGACUUCCAGGGACAGGCAGACGCAGGCUGGGGUGGGAGGCGUGCGUGGUCCCUGUUUGGAUGCUGCCGUCUGUGCCGAAGUGCAAAGUGCUCCGGCGGCUGUGGUCCACAAUAAAGGAAGACCUCCAAAACAUGAAUGAAUGACUGAAGUAAGACCCUGGCUUGGCUGUAGCCUCCAUUUUUCAAGACAGGCAGACGUGUGGAUUUUUGUGUGAGCACACCCGAUGUUAGAUGUGCACUCAGGCUUUUACAGAAUGUUUGGGACGCCCCAGAUACGUCUCUGCUUCUCGAUGGCAAUGCGGGGGCUCCUAGUUUGUAGUCUCUUUUGGAAAAAUGUUUGUCCUGAAUGACAACUUGGUAGUUUUAGGGCAUAGUUUCUUUUGCGAAUUUAUAAAGGGGGACGUUUUCUUCUUUAAAAGAAAGUUAGGUUGUAAGAAACAGGUUUCUCAAGAUUUUUUUUUGGUGUAACUGAUUUAUAAGGAGAAAUCAUAGUGUACAUGUAUUAGGUAGAAAAAAAAAGUUACUCUAGGUAGGGUAUUUCUCUCAAAUGGCCAGUCGCUUUUUUUCAGAUGGGAGGAAGACAGUCAUGAAGGUAUCCCUGUGAACGGGCUCCCCCACUUACCGCUAUUAAGUGAGUCAAUGCUCGGGAAGGGAUGACCUGCUUGGGCAGGUGUGAGCUGCACUGAUCCGUGCCCAGAUGUCUGCUCUGUUCCUAGUUAAAGAUCCUUGAACACCCAGAAGAAAUGGGACAAAACUUUGGAGAGUCUUUGCUUGAGAAAAUUAAGAUUUGACAUCUUGUAGGUCGGGCCUCGGAUGUGGGUGAAGAUCUUGGUCACCCUAAAUUAGUGGUUCCUAAUGGUGAGCUCCUGACCAGCUGCCUCAACACCAGUGGGAACUUGCACAUUAUUCUGGACCCCAUCUCAAACCUCCUAAAUGAGAAAUGGGAGUGGGGACCCCCUAAUCUGUUUGAACAAGCCCUCGGGUGGGCCUGGUGUUCAGCUGAUGUGCGUUGGGUCAUGCGGUGCUAGAAAUUUCUCAGAAUGGUAAGUGAAAAUGUUGGCCUGGGUUAGUCAGGGAAGCUUCCCGGAGGGGGAGCCUGACGCAGGACUCGUACAAGUAGUGAGGGGAACCAGCAAGUUUACUGGGUCAGGAGACUAGAGUUCUGGCCUUGGGCUCCGUGUCCUUCUCUGUCAUGUGGAGCCAGGAAGCAGAUCUCAGGAAGGCAGCGAACCCGCCAGGGCCUCGGCCUUGGACCUCCCGCCUCCAGACCUGCGAGAGAGACAGACAUUUCUGUUGCUUACAAGCCACACCUGCUACGGCAUUUUGUAAGUGAGCAGCCUGAAUGGGCUGAGACAUGAUCUCACAGAGCGCAGGGAGCAAAUGUGUACCCAGGUGUGGCUGCCUAGAAUGCCUUCAGACCAUGGGCGCCUACCGUCCCUGGUGUCACCCUGCCCCCAGCUUCGCUUCCUCCAGCAGCGUCAAGGCUGCGAACCCAUCCCACGGGCGGCUGCGUGCUUAGGGCAUGAGUGUUAAAGGCCCUUUUGAACUCGUUUUGGAAAUGCUUCAGCAUGAAUUUGCAGAAACUCUGGUUCAUUUUAAAGAAAUCGAUUUAUUUUGGAAAUAAAGUCCUAUCUCUGGGA